AUGUCACGUACUUGGUGUCCAACAUUGACUGAUGAUACAAAAGUACAAUUUCAGGCAAUGCAUCUCAAUGAAAAGGCAGCUAAUCCAAGGCUAUCUGUGGAAUAUUAUUUAAGGAAAAAAGCAAAAGAGAAUGGUGCUGUUGGUUUUGAGUGCGGUGCAUCUGCAAAAGAGUUAGGAACAGAAGUAACACGUCGCAUUGGUUCUUCUAUUCCGAAAUUCAGUCCUUAUGUUGUGGCUUCUAGGGCUAAUAUUUCUCAGUGGCAAAUACCUGAAACACCUUCCUUAAUACCAAUUCUUCAUGGAAAAAUUCCUUUUAUUGCAAAAACAGAAGAUGAGAAUGAUAUUAUGGUGACAGGUGAAAUGCCGCUAAUUGUACACCACGUUUCCCAUAUUUGGAAGUCUCAUGCGCAACUUGAUAUUCUCCCCAGUGUACAAUUGCCAUCAGAUCAAACAGUGGAAUUUGUUACUCAUAUAAUGCGUACAGAAACCGAACGAAAAAAUUACAGUAUAUCAGAGAGUAUGCGAGAAAUUAUAUUGACUUCAGCACCAUCUGUUUCAACUUAUCUCUCAGAUGUAUUAAGGGCAUUAGUUGCUAAUCGUCGCAUGAUUGGACAACUACGUUAUUUGGUCCUUGCUGGAGAGUUUUUAGAAGAUAUGGAUUAUUCAGAAUUGCAAGAAUUCUUUGAAGCAGCUCUCAAACUUCUCGUGUUAGGAGUUCCUUAUACUUUUCUUAGUCACGUAGCAGUAAAUUUCUUACCUCUGUUAAAAAAUUCUAUGAUAAAAGUUGUAGAUCUUGAAGGUAAUGAUCUAGGGCUUUCAGCUGAUGGGAACGAUAUUAUUACUCUACUUACAGAAUAUCUAAAGGAAAACAAAUUUCUUCUUGAGCUUAAUCUCAGUUACAACAACAUUGGUACAGAAGGUGCACGUCUACUACUAGAAGCUCUUAGUGCAUCUGAUACAAAAAUUACUCCACAAGAUCUCCAGACUGGGGAAGAUGCUGAGAACGAAGAAUAUGCUGAGGAAACCCGUUUAGAAGAUAUUGCUUUCUUUCUUCCAGAUACAGAUGAAGAAGAAGAGGAAGAAGAAGAGGAGGAAGAGGAGGUGGAAGAAGAAGAAGAAGAAGAAGGUGAUAAUGGUGAAGGUGACAGUGAUAAGAAAAGAAAUACUAACGCCAAGAGGAGGGCGGGAGAUAUACCACAUGGUAAUCAUAAUGGUAAUGAUGAUGAUGAUGAUGACGAGGAAGAAGAAGGUGAGGAAGAAGAUGAGGAGCAGAAACUGCAAGAGGGUGAUGAUGAUAACGACGAGGGAGAUGGAGAAGAAGAAAAUGAGGAAGAAGAAAAAGAAGAAGAAGAAGAAGAAGAAGAAGAGGGAGAAGAACGAAAACGUCUUCCACCUCAUCUCAUUGAGAAAUUUCGUCGACUUUUUCGAAGAUUGCAUCGUGAGGAAAAAAAAGCACGUGUUUUGUGUAUUCAGACAUAUUUAGACGAUGCUGAUGUACUUGUAAAAGAGCAUAGUGCCAUAAAGGCAAGGCAGGCUGAAGAGAAACGUCUGAAGAUAGAAAACUAUUGUCAACGACGGAGCGGAUGGUCUCAUUUACAAGUAUUACGAUUACGAGGUAAUCCUAUAGGUAAUGAAGGGGCAACAAGUGCUGCUGAUGUGCUUCGCCACGAGAUAGUAUUAGACGAAGAAGAAAUACAACGUAUUCAAAAUGAACUCAUUGAUAAGGCGGAUAAUUUGUUCAACGUACUCUUAUCAGAGAGGAAGAAGACUGCGAUGGAAGAAGUUUCUGAACGAAAGGGAUUAUUUUUAGAUUAUCAUACCUCUAGAAAAUUACUUAAUGAGAGUCUUAGUGUGGAAUUGAGUAACGAAAAAAGUUCUGUUAUCAAGAAGAAAAAAGCUUCACAUUCAAGAAAAAAUGAUGUUGAAGAAGAUGAUUCUGAUGAAAAGAAUGGAGAAAAUGAGAAUAAUAGUGAUGAUGAUGAUAGUAAUAUCAAAGGAGCACCAGUUGUUAUCACAGAUACAAUACCGGAUGAUGACUUUAUAAAUAUUGCUGACGAGAUAGCCGAAGAAGAAUCCGCGUUAUUGGAGGAAGCCAGAGGUAACUGGGAUAUGCCCUUUCCUCCAACUAAGCAAGGAUUAAAAUCUCUUCGUUUGCUUGAUCUAUGCAGUUGCCACAUUGGAAGUCAAGGGGCAAAGUGUAUUGGUGAAAAACUUCGUGAGAAUAAAUCAUUAGAAGUUCUCUUAUUGCGACACAACACUUUUGCUAGAAAACGUGUUGCACUUCGUUCUGAUAAAGAGAGUACAGAAGAAGAAACAGUUUCAGUAAAACGUGUGGAUGUGCCGCAUUAUGUAUCACCUGGUUGUAUUUCCCUCUUUGCUGCGCUAGAAUCAAAUACAACGCUUACAGUACUGGAUCUCGCCUAUAAUAGUCUGUAUCCGGAAAGUAUUCGUUGUCUAGCAAAGUCUCUUGAAACUAACAAGACACUUACUACUCUCUCUCUUGAAGGAAACCUUAUGGGAUUUAAUGAAUCACCAUAUGAAAUGGAUCCAGCAAUCUUAAAAGCCACUGGAUACCCAGUAGAUGUUAGUAUAUUUUCAAGACCUUCAUGUUUUCUUACCCUAUUACAGGCAGUUUUCAAGAGCAAUAUUACAACACUGUUGUUAGGACAUAAUGAUCUUUAUAAUUGUUGGUCUAGUGAUGAAGCUGAAUGGUUAACAAAAGUAUCUUGUCGCUUACAUGUACUACACUUAAAUGGUAAUUCUUUAACAUUAGAACACAUUAUGGAAUGGGUUGAUGCAUCUAAAGAUAUUGAGAGUUUCACUUUAAAAGAAUUACAAUUGUCACGUAAUGACCUAAGUGAUGAAAACGGUGGUGUCGCUUUGGCUCGUCUUUUAAAUUUGUGUAAAAAUACUUUGGAGAAUUUGAUUCUUGACGAGACACAACUUGGACUAUCUGGGGCAACUGCGGCAUUUGCAUCCUUUAUACCCUCUACACUUCAAUCGUUGAGUAUUAGAAACGCUGGAUUGACUCUUGCAUCCGCUAUUCCUCGUCCUGUAUUAGCACCCCUUCACAGGCUUCUCCUAUCUGAUAACCCUUUCAGCAAAACAGAGUUACUCGACCUGAUGGAUAUACUUCGUGACACCGCAUCAUCAUUGACGCACUUAUCAAUAUGGAGUCGCGAAGUGGAUAUGGAACUGCAGCUUCCAAUUCUUCAAGAAAUUAUUCGUCAAAUGCCACAGUUAUUAUUCGCCGAUUUUGGUAUAAUAUCACGCUUUGAUGAUGCCGUGGAUGCGGAAGAUUCACUUGGCCAAAUAGAAUGCCUUCUAGUAGAGCGACGUCUGGCGCGUCUCCUUGAGAGAGCAGAGGCGUACGCAUCAUAA